AUGCUGAAGAUGAACGUUAGCUCGAUGGUGAUAAUCAGUUUUGCAAUGAUGGCCUUUGGAGUUCUCGCUUCACCACUCAGCAAGGAUACACACAGCACUACUUCCAUAGGCCGUCGAACGAGCGGCAAUCGGGUGGACAGACGGAUGGUCCCCGGGCCUGGUGUAGGCGUUGGCGCAGGUCUCGUUGGAGCCGCUCUGGGUGGACCCGGACCCGGUCCCGUCGGUAUUGGUCCUCCUGGCCCGCUUGUUGGCCCGCCACCGGUUGGUGCAGUCGUGGUUCCGGGUGGCCCUCCGGGCCCCGGCCAGCCCGGUCCAAGCACAGGCAACUCGGCCGCAACUGCAGACGCUGCUGCUCGCGCUCAGGCAAACGGUCCACGUCCAACAGGUUCGGUGGACGCUCAAGGUUCAGCUGAUGCUGCCGCUGGAGGCUCUGGACCCAGCGCUGGCGAUUCAGCCGCAAGUUCAGCUGCGGAUGCCCGCGCCAAGGCAAAUACCCAAGGCGCUGUCGGUGCAAACAGCUCCGCGGCUAGCAAAUCUUCCUCCUCUUCCAACUGGGAGCAACGAUCAUGA